GAAAACAAAUCAUCAGUCUCCGCUGUCAGCCCCCCAGCCUUCCUCCUCGUCCUCCUCCUCCUCCUCCUCCUCUUCCUCCUCGUCCUCCUCCUCCUCUUCCUCCUCCUCCUCCUCCUGAUGGAUGAGACGGUGAAGCCUCUGAGGAUUCCUCCUCAGAUGUCCGUCUACGCUGACAAACACAACAUCUUCCACCUGGUGCAGAGCAUGUUGUCCGGUCUGGUGAUCGAUCAGCCUGAGGAUCCGAUCUGUUACCUGAUCAGUCUGCUGCAGAGGAGCAGCGUGGACAUUCCCAGGGUCGUGCUGCUCGGCCCUCCUGCCGUUGGGAAGCACACAGUGGCCAGAAAGCUGAGUGCCGAGCUGAGAGCUGUUCACGUGACCGCAGACAGUUUACUGCAGGACCAAUCAGAGCUGAGCGUACAGGCACGCCAAUACACACUCACAGAGCAGGAGCUUCCUGCCGAGCUGCUGGUCGGACUGAUUCAACAGAGACUGAACGAGAUCGACUGCUUCAACAGGGGCUGGGUGUUGGAGGGAAUCCCUCAGACUCGUCUGCAGGCGCUGAGUCUCCAGCGCGGAGUCAUCCCAGAACAUGUUGUGAUGUUGGAGGCUCCUGAUGAUGUGUUGUUGGAGAGGAGUCAGGGGAAACUGGUCGACCCGCUGACAGGAGACGUGUACCAUCAGACCUUCAUCUGGCCGGUCGAUGAUACUGUCGCUCAGCGUCUGGAGGAGGGGCAGAGCCUAUCAGAGAAGCAGCGAUUGGCUGAGCUGCAGCGUUACCGCUGUGAGGUCACAGGUCUGAGCUCAGCCUAUCAACACGUCCUGAAGAUCAUCAACGGUGACCAACCACACGCUGACGUCUACCAGCAAGUGCUGGCUUUCGUUCGGACUCGUCAUCGCUCCAGAACUCCCAGAAUCCUCCUGUUGGGUCCACCGGGGGCAGGGAAGAGUCAUCAGGCCAGACUUCUGUCAGAGAAAUACAAGAUGGUGGAUGUGUGCUGUGGUCAGCUGUUGCGGUCUGUAGCAGCUGAUGGUUCAGCUCUGGGAGAAGAGAUCCAGCAAUACCUGGAUGAUGGAAGGCCAGUUCCAGACUCCCUGGUGCUGCAGGUUCUGGAGGAACGUCUGAGCCGAGUGGACUGCAGCUGCAGAGGCUGGAUCCUUCAUGGCUUCCCCUUCGACCUGCAGCAAGCCAAGAGCCUGCAGGAGUCCCAGCAGCCGCCCAACAGAGUUUUCUUCCUGGAGCUGACGGAUGACGUUUGUCUGGAGAGAAUCAGUCUGAGAGCUACAGAUCCAGUCAGCGGGCAGAGGUUCCACGCUGUGACUCGUCCGGCUCCGAGCUCCGAGGUCCAGAACAGGCUGAAGACCAGACCUGAGGACAGCACACACACUGUAACACACAGUCUGAGUCAGUACAGGAUACACACUGCUGCCCUGCAGUCUGUGUAUCCAGAUGCAGUUCACGUUGAUGCUGAUCAGGAUCCUCACUCUGUGUUUGAGGCUCUGGAGAGCAGACUGACAGCUGACUGACAGGAGGACUCACCUGGACUCACCUGGACUCACCUGGACUCAGGUUGGGGAGACCGGAGGAAGAGGAGUAGCUGCUGUACUUGCUCUUGGUUUGUUUUAAAAGAAAUAAAAUGUUUCAUCACCUCA